GUAGUCAGGAUGCAGUCCCAAUGCACUCGAGAACGAGGAUACUAUUACCAGUAAAAUCAGCACCUCUGCUAAGUACUCUCCAAGUGUUGCCUGAAGACACCGAAUGUAGCGAUGAUCAGACAUCUGACACCGGUCUGGAACUUAGGAACAAAGAGAAUUUUGAGGAUGACAAUGAAAUUGUUAUACUCCCCAAACAAGACCAUACAAGUAUUCAGAAAACAAAACAAACUAAAAUUGACAAGGCAAAAUUUUGCACAAAGAUGACAAUAUUGCUAGCAUGCUGGAUUUUUUUCACGUCUGUGUUUCUUCUUUACAACGAAACAGAUCAGAUUAUAAAGAAUUCUGUAAUCUCUUUUGGGGAAGAUAAACGCUACGCAGUCCCACAUACAAAUCCAGACUCUUCAAUAAAAAUUACCCUCUUCGGGCCUUUCAUAUCACCACAGAGGAAAAUGGAACUGAAUAAAACGGAGCUUGACAAGAUUUCCAGGAUGACUGUAUGGGUUGAGCCAUUGGAGGGUAACGAAAGCCAGGUUCUUGGGAAAAUGGAAUCUACUCCUUGGAUACUUUAUCUCCAAGACAAAGUCGAUUUCAACGACGGAGACCCUUACUCUCACACCUUUAAACUUCAAUCUACCGCAGUCUCUUCCAUUAGAAUGAAUACGACUUCGACGCAAACCGUACCUUUUGCAAUGAGCAUGUUUUUUGAUCCACUAGAUGCCAAAACAAGCGUAGUAUAUGCUCUAGUUUUACUUACUGGAUUGUACGUGUUGAUAAUGUUUGAGAUAAUAAACAGAACAAUGGCUGCGAUUUUGAUUGCAACCCUUUCCCUGGCCGCCCUAUCCUUAGCAGGGGAAAGACCAUCCUUGCCAGAAGUAAUAUCCUGGCUAGAUGGGGAAACUUUACUGCUGCUAUUUGGCAUGAUGCUAUUAGUAGCGAUUAUGGCGGAAACUGGUAUCUUUGACUUUUUGGCUGUGUUUACUUUUGAGGUUACAAAAGGCAGACUUUGGCCUUUAAUACUUCUACUUGGCGGCAUCACUGCAUUUUUAUCGACGUUUUUGGAUAACGUCACCACUGUCUUGCUGUUGUCUCCUGUUACCAUUAG